GUUGGUCUUGCUCUCUUCUGGGUGACGCGGAUUGGAAAGGGCUCCUCACACUUACACCAAAGUUUUUUGCAUCCAUUCUGAAACUGCAAAUACACAUAAUCCACUCCAGAGAGGAGCCAUGAAGUGGACCUGGGUGUUUGUGGGAGUUUUGCUGUCCUUUGGAGGGUUCUCACUUGGUAAGGACAGUUUGGAUUUCCCCGAGUAUGACGGCAAGGACAGAGUCCAUGACCUCCACAUCAAGAACUACAAGUCUGUGAUGAAAAAGUAUGAUGUCAUGGUGGUCUACUACCAUGACCAUCCCGGAUCCAGCCGCGUCGCCCAGAAACAGUUUGAGAUAGAGGAGUUGUCCCUUGAGCUUGCGGCCCAGGUCCUAGAGGAGUUUGAUGAUGAGGACAUUGGAGUUGGACUCAUUGAUGCAAAGAUUGACAAGGCUUUAGCUAAAAAAUUGGGGCUGCAAGAGUCCGACAGCAUCUUCAUCUUCACAGAUGACGAAGUCAUCGAGUACGAUGGAGAGCUUUCAGCAGACACUCUUGUGGAGUUCAUCUUUGAUCUCCUUGAAGAUCCUGUCGAAAUUAUUGACAACAGUAGGGAACUGAAAGGCUUUAAGAACAUUGAAGAGGAUAUCAAAUUGGUGGGCUACUUUAAGAGUCACAAGUCAGAAUAUUUUGACGCUUUUGUUGAUGCUGCUGAAGAGUUCCAUCCUCACAUCAAGUUCUACGCAACAUUCAAUGCCAAGAUUGCCAAGGCUUUGGACCUCAAGCUUAAUGAGGUGGACUUCUAUGAACCCUUCAUGGAUCAUCCAGUUGUGAUCCCAGGCAAACCUUAUACUGAGGAUGAGCUGGUGAAAUUCAUUGAAGAAAAUGACAGGCCAACUCUAAGGAAGCUGCAGCCCCACAACAUGUAUGAAAUCUGGGAUGACCAUGUUGAUGGCGAACACAUCAUCGCUUUUGCUGAGGAGUCUGAUCCAGAUGGCUUCGAGUUCUUGGAGAUUCUGAAGCAAGUUGCCGAGGACAACACGGAACACCCUCACCUUAGUAUUGUCUGGAUUGAUCCUGAUGACUUCCCCCUGCUUGUGCCUCACUGGGAGAAGAUUUUUGGAAUCGACCUGUCCUCCCCACAGAUCGGUGUUGUGGAAGCUGAUGAUGCUGACAGCGUGUGGAUGGACAUGGACGGUGAGGACAACAUGCCAUCUGUGGACGAACUAGAGGAUUGGAUUGAGGAUGUUCUGUCAGGAGAAAUUGAUCCGGAUAAUGAUGAUGACGACGACGAUGACGAUGGCGAUGAUGAUGAAGAUGGUGAUGAUGAUGAUGACGAUGAUGAUGAUGACGAUGAUGACGACGACGAUGAUGAUGAUGACGAUGAUGAUGACGAUGAUGAUGAUGACGACGAUGAUGAUGAUGACGACGACGAUGAUGAUGAUUAAUAAAUUAGGAAAUCUCCAAUGCAUCUGACCAAUGCGGUUUAAAGUGCUAUUAUGAACAACAAAUACAUCGGAAUCAUUCAUUUUCAUAUCUUACCUUUAUCAGCCUAACUAAAUUCCGUUAUUACUCCCCAAUCAAUUCCCAUAUACAAUUCUUUCAUUCGUGUAAGUCUGGGGGGAAAAAAAUCCAAUCUUUGGCAUGUAAUGCUCGUGCUUUUAUAUGAUUAAGGUUGGUGUUCUACUAAAUACUGGAGCGUUACAGUAUUGGACUGGAUCAUAUUUAAUAUAUGUUCACUCUUUUUCUCAUUUUCCUCAGUGCAAAAACAUCAACUCAAAUCCACAGGUGCUAGCAACUUUUUACAGAUGGGUGUUUAUGUAUCACCAGCAUAUGCCAAAUCCUUGUGACACUGUACAUCAAAUGAUGUUUUCUACAACAAUGAAGUACAACAACAGCCAUAUUUUAUUUUUGUAAUGAGAGAAAUUACUGUGAAGUCUUAAAUAAAUGACAGA